AUGGCGUGGACUCGAGAGCAACGAAUGGUUUUGGCCAUUCUUCCCAAAAUUUCCAGCGUUUUCUCGCUUUUCGGUAGCCUUUGGAUUAUCAUUGAAGUAACAACCGAGGGAAGGAAGAUUCAGAAUCCCUAUCACCGAUUACUAUUGGCGAUGAGCAUAUAUGACACUCUAGAAAGCUUUUGGAAUUUCGGAAGCACUUGGCCCAUUGUAGAAGGCAGUCCUGAUAUCAUUUGGGCAAUGGGGAAUGUAUCCACCUGUGAAGCGCAAGGAUUCUUUCUCACGUUGAGUGUGGCGGUACCCAUCUACAACGCUAUGCUUAGCAUAUAUUAUAUUCUGGUUAUCAACUAUCGAUACACCAACACACAGCUGAGAAGGCGAGUGGAACCAAUCAUGCACUUGAUCGCCUUUUUCUGGUCGUUUGGAACAGCCAGUUAUUCUGCUGCAACUGGUCUGUUUAACAAUGCGAAUCUAUGGUGCUGGAUUGCACCAUUGCCCUUGGAUUGCAAGGAUACGAUCACAUAUGGUACUGUCGAAGAAGGGAAUGACAACCCAUGCAUUCGUGGUGAUAAUGUCUGGAUAUAUCGGUUCGGCUUUUACUUUAUUCCUCUUUGGUCUUGCAUUUUCUUUGCGACCGCUUGUACUCUUUGGGUCUAUAGAUAUGUCUAUAACACGGAUAAGCAAACUUUGGCGUACCGUCGUCCCGAGACCGCAGGUCGACAAACGACAUGGUGGUCACAUAACGGAGGAUUAUCCAGAAAAUCCAAGGUACACGUGCCAAACGUAGUCACUCGAUCUGGUGCAACUGAAAGCACCCAUACGAGCACCCAUCACCAGACCACGAAUUCAACUCCAGUCAAGUCGGAUAAUGACGCCACCCCCAAUACCCCUCCGCCAGUCAAGUCGGGCGAUGACAACUCCAUGACAAAAGAAGCGCCAAAGCAAGAACAGGAAGAAGCGUCACUAACACUUCAAGCCUCUGAAAAAUCACAGGCACCUAGUGUCGACUCGGGUGGAAAUCAAUCUCAUUCCUCAUCCUCCAUCGGCAAGAUCGUCGAUUUGACUGGAAGUGUAAGGGAUGUCUACCCGGACGGUGUUGAAGAUAGUGGUGACGAUGAGUAUCUUGAGGACCUAACUGACGGAGACAGCAAGAAGAAUUCACUAAAAAACGACGAUAACAAAUCGGUGGAUAGCAAAUCGACGGGAGACUCGAUUGAUGAAGAAGAGGUGUUUCGGAAAAUUGAUGUUCUGGUGGCGUCAAACCGAGAAAUGCGAGGUGACUUCGGCCCCGACGACGAAGAAGAAGAAAAGCGGGAAGAAAGUUAUGAAUUCGGCGAUUUGAAUGAUGCCAAUAGUGGCGAUGACGAGGACGAAGAUCCCCACCUGACAAAUUCUACUGAAUCAGAGACUAGGAAGAAUACCAUUCGAGCGAAAGUGGACGAAUGGAAGAAUCGCCGGGUGCAGUAUGCCGAAGAUAUGCCUCGAACUUACGAAGUCUUCAAGCAAGCCUGCUACUACCUUGGAGCUUUCUACUGUACGCAUGUUUGGUCAACGAGCAAUCGUAUUGUCCAAACAAUCAUGGGAGGUGGAACUGUCUUCCCCUUGAUCGCUUGCCAUUCCUUCUUUGAUCCAUUCCAAGGAUUUCUGAACUAUUUGGUCUAUCAACGACCACGAAUCCUGCAAUUGAGGAAGAAGCAUCCCGAGAUGAGCUGGUGGGGAGUCAUGGUCAAGUCGUUGCGGUUUUCUUUCAUGGAUGGCGCAAAUGGGAGAAGUUCUAAAUCCUUUGGUGACUCGAAGAAUUCGCGCAAUUUCUCCUUUCGUAACUCCUUUCGCAGCAGCAAAAAUGUGUCCAGAAGUUCAAGAGGAGGAUCCUCUUCUCAUUUGGAAAGGAGUAAAUCUGGCGACCUUUCGAACAAUGAAAGUACCUAG